GAGAUCGAACUUUCAAAUGAUUGUGCAUGCUUUAUUUUGUGUCCUGUAUUUUAUUCAUUGUAUUUUUAAUUGAUAUUUGAAACUGUUCAUUAGAUGAAACUACAUACGAGUUGACUAUUUUGGGAGGGAAAAAACCGGCUCUGUUUUUCUGUAUCUUUCAAAUCCAUCAAUAUAGAUCAGCUGUGUUUUUUUUAUAUGUAUUUUUGCAAUUAUUUUGAAACGCAUUUUAUUUAUAUAACUAAUUAGAUUGAUCAGGGUUUAAACUGACCUGCCCUUUUUUCUUUUUUUCUUUUUUUUUUUUACACCUGUCCGCUAGGCGCGCGCGGACCUGCUGAUGACCGACUCCGCGCUCGCGCCCCGUAAUCCUUUCCCGUGACGUCGCGAGAAAUGGCGGAGCGCGAGGAAAGCUACGUCUGUCGGAGUUCCAGCCAAGACUCAGACUUCCAUCACAGAGGCGACGAGAAGAAACCUUUAAGUCGGCCAGAUUCGACAGUCUCUGCUCACAACACGUACAUUAUAUCCAGCUCUGCAGACGUACACAACGCUGGAAGACCAGAGCCUCUGGUGCUGAAACCUGAUGAGAGACAGAAACUCGCUCGAGAGAGGAGGGAGGAGAGAGAGAAACAGAACGCUGUGCUAAAGGCUCAGUUGUUUGAGCGUGAGGAGCGGGCGAGGCUGUACUAUGAGAAGCAGCUGGAGGACAGGAGGAGGCGUCUGGAGGAGCAAAGGCUUAAGGAGGAGAGGAGGCGCGUGGCCGUGGAGGAGAAACGACGGCAGAAGCUAGAGGAGGAGAAGGCUCGGUAUGAGGCAGUGGUGAGAAGGACUCUGGAAAAGAGUCAGCGAGUCCGGCCGAAGCAGAACCGCUGGAGCUGGGGAGCAACCCUACCCUCCAGCACCUCGCACAACACUGAUGCUGACAGAAGGUCAGUCUCCACCAUGAAUCUGUCCAAGCACAUAGACCCAGUCAUAAACAAACGUCUUUCGUCAUCUUCUGCCACACUGUUAAACUCGCCAGACCGAGGCUUACAGAAGCAGACGUCCCUCUCCUCCUCUUGCUUAGUAAAUAAAGUUCCAUCUAAAGCUCGAGUGUCCAGAGAGAAGAUCCACCGCGACAGACAUGCAGGUAUGCGUCGUAUGCCUCUAACCCCGUGGGAGAACAACGUAAUCAGUCGCUUACAGACACCAACGCACUCGUACCUGGCUCGAAGUCGUAGUGCUGUAUCUCUGUCUGGAGAUGCAGUGACCCCCGUUUGUCCUCGCUCAGCCUCCUGUCACCAUGCGAGCUCACUGUCCUUCAAGGCCCCACAGUCACGCAGCGGCGAGCGACCAAUCCGAGCCGGCCUCAGCCUCGAGCGAGCGGUCAGGGCCGGGCCGGAGGCCAACCCAUGCAGGAAGGCAUCCCAUCAUAUGCUGAUUGAUAGGAAGGAUAAGGACUACGUGCGCAAGUCCUGGAGUAAUCUGUCCUGUCCUCCUCCAACUCUGAGCCUCCCCACCACCAAGAGAGCGCCCUCUCCUGGCGGCCAGCGUGCUAAACUCAGCCAGCAGUCAUCUGCCAGGAGUUCCACGAAACCAUCUCCGAAGUCUCCCAUGUCCAAAAGAUCCAGGUCUCCUCCUCCGCCAUCUUCCCUGCCCUUUUCUCCUAGCAACCCUUCCCUGUUGCCUGGUAACCUGCGACCCAGCCGGGUGACGCCAGAGAGCCCGAGAGCGAGUCCUCUGGAGGAUGAGAAGGACCGAAAGAAGAACGAGGAGGUCAAGAGAGAAGAGACGCGGCGCAGCAGGGAAGAGGACGAGGAGGAAGAACAAGAGAAGAGGGAGAAACGCGGAAGUCCUGCUAAAGCAGCAGCUGAAAUCUCCACACGUAAAGAGUCCAAUGGUGUAGAGAGGGUGUCGAGUCCUCCAGCGGGCAGACCCAGUACAGGAACCACAGACCCAGAGGAGGCGUCUCGACUGCUAGCUGAGAAACGACGGCAGGCCAGAGAACAGAGGGAGAAAGAGGAGGAGGAGAAGAAGCAGCAGGAGGAGGCCGAGAGACGACACAGAGAGGAGAUGGCACAGAGGAUAGCUGAGGAGAGAGCGAAACGAGAAGAGGAGGCCCAGCGUCUGGCUGAAGAGAAAAAACGCAAGGAGGAAGAAGAGAGACAAUUAGAAGAGGAGAGACUGCAGAGAGAGAAAGAGGAAGAAGCAGAACGCCUGCAGAGACAGAAAGAGGAAGAGGAGGCUCGUCAGCGUGAGGAAGCAGAGCGUUUGCGUCAGGAGAGAGAGAAACACUUCCAGAAAGAGGAGGCUGAGAGACUCGAGAGGAAAAAGCGUCUCGAGGAGAUCAUGAAACGCACACGCCGUUCAGAUCAGAAAAGCCCCGGUCAGAGGAACGGAGAUGUGAGUCAGCAGUCUCAGGACACGGAAAACGUGGUCUCUGGGAUCCCCUCAAUCACUGUAUCGGCUCCACAAAUCCCUGACUCCACACAGCGCAGUGACAGCAACGGCCACACACUGCCCCCUGCUGGACACGACAUUAGCACCGAAGCCCAGCUUCAAGAAAACGGCGUCGUCAUGGAGACCCCGGCCUUUGAGGAAGUGAUCGAGGUGCCCAUGGUGAGCAAACUGUCCCGUCAGGAGGGCGACGGAGAGGAAGAGGACGAGAGGAGGAAGACGCCGCAGCUGGCUUUCAGCGAGAACGGAAGCACACAUGACCUUAGCACAUGGGACCAAAGCCAAGUCCGGGACCACGCAGGUGAUGUCUGAAACCCUCAGAGAGCAUGAUGGGAAACAAAGUGUGACUGCUACCCGCUCGGUUUCUUCUCCCUUUACAUGUUAUCCACUUAGACACUUGGUUAUCUGAGGAGAAAGUAACUGUAACACACUUCUCAAGUUGUGGACAGUCAUCCUUGUGCUUCCUGUAAUGCAGCUCGUACCUACCGAUUCCCCACGCCCCACCCCUCUAACACUAAAGUGGCAUGUUCCAGGAACAUCGAGGCUCGGUCGAUUAAACGUGCUGUUCGCGUGUAUGUGGGAAGAUCUUUGGAUUUGAAAUCAGCUGUAAAGUCUGAUCUAAUACUUGAAGUUUUUAGGUUUUUUUUGGUUCGUUUGUUUGUGUUGAGGUCAAAUUCAGUGACGUGCUAACCGUAGCAAGGGUGCCGGAUGACCCGAUGUCCUUUUGAAAUGUUCCGAAACAUUCUGGGACUCGUUUUCUGUGCAGAGUAAACCAGGCAUGUCGUGUAACACUGAACACAUCGUGACUUUUACAAGAAUGAAGAAAUAGUAUUUUCCUACUUGUUUAUAAAGCUUUAAUAUACAUUUGCUUCAUCGUGACCGUGUUGCACUGGGGAUGAGUCGUCUUAAUGGAGAUGCACCGAAAUUUGAAGUGAAAAUUCUUGGCCAAAAUAAGGCCCCUUUUUGCACUUUUUGCCCCCUUAACACUUUUCCUGAAAGAGUUCAAAAUGCAGAGAAACUUGUUUCAUUAAUACUCUAAUGUACAGUAUUUCCGUGUUAUGUCCUCUGAUCAGAUGUUUGGAGUAAGAUCCUGUUGAAAGCACAAACGUCAUUAUUAUUAAUAAUAAUAAUAAUAAUAAUAAUAUAUUUGGCAGUAGGGUGUACGGUGGCUUAAUAGUUAGCAUGUUUUGCCUCACCCCUCCAGGGUUUGGGGUUCGACUCCCGCCUCCGCCCUGCGUGCGUGGAGUUUGCAUGUUCACCCCGUGCUUCACGGGGUUCCUCUGGGUAUUCCUGCUUCCUCCCUCAGUCCAAAGACGUACGUUGUAGGCUGAUUGCCAUCUCUAAAUUGUCCGUGUGUGUGAUUGAGCCCUGCGAUGGGUUGGCACCACGUUCCCUGAUGUAGGCUCCAGGCUCCCCGUGACCCUGUGUUGGAUAAGCGGUAUGGGAACAUAGAUGGAUGAUGGAUGUUUGGCAAAUGCUCCAAUAAAACCAGAUAAAAACA